AUGCGUGUGUUGGUCCUGUUGGCGUUAUUGUGCGCAGUGCAAGUUGAUUCGCAAUUCUGGAACUACCCCCAGGAGUUUCUCGCGUCGUGGUUCCGCCAGGGAAAGACGGGCAACAUACCCAGCGACAAAGUGUCCACACCAACCCCGUCAGCCCAGUCGCCCGCGUCGCCGCCAACCACCACAAUCGUCACGACAAAACCGCCAAUAAUACCGAUAAGCAGUGUGAAACCACCACCGAAAACGACCGUCCAAACGGGCACAAGCAAACGUCUGACGACCACCAUCACAACAACAACAACGACGUCCACGACCACCUCGAGGCCGCAGACGGUGACGGCGACGGUGACGAAAACCACCCCGGUGUGGACGACCGUGCCGAUAACCACACAACAAACCACCACCGUGAGAAACGGCACGCAGAACGUGAACGCGGGUAGCACCACCGUAACCGCGGCGUCCACCGAACCGACCACAUUCUACGAAACCACCACGCACGACGUCACGGCCACCACCGAGGAGCCCCGUGAUAAUCAUCGCACCCACGAUUUUUAUUUGAGCAAGAGGGAAAAGCCGCAGAUCCAGAUCAACCAAAACGCCACUCAGAAUUUAAUUCCACUGCCAGCUGGAGCCAGUGCUGCCUUAGUUAAGCCCACCAAGUACCACUAUUAUCCACACAACCAACAUAUUUAUCUGUUACCAGAAUGUGCUAUCCAACAAGUGUGCAAUGCCGUUUACGUGAGAUUAAACUGGACCCAACCGCUGUGCGCCUGUCCAUCCAGAUACAGAGACCCGUGCUCCGCAUCCCUCAACUCCGACGACCAGCACACCACCGAACUGAUGACCGACAGGAAAUCGAGAAGAGCCCUAACCUUGGUAAAAACUUGUGAAUCGACGGGCGAAAUGAGAGUGUGCCGUUCGCCGAGAGACUGGUCCCUGUUGGCUCUUCAGAACAUCCGCACUGGAAAGUCACACUAUUUGGUGAUAUGCAGGUGUCCGGAGAGCAGUAUUCUGGAGGGACCAAUGUCUCACGAUCAACCGACUUACGCCAGCGUGCCCGGAAUUCGGGUCUAUGGAAUGAUGUGUGUGGACAACAAACGCCGGGGACGUCCAUUGAGAAAUUCCAGAUCGUUAGAGAACCCUCCUUUCCCUUGGAAGAAAGCCAUAGAAUUAGCCGAGACAGCAUUGUGGGAUUAACUUUUUAAUUAUAUUUAGUUUAUUGUGAUGAUUUAGCUAUUUUUUGUCCGAACGUGUAAUCGAAUUUAAUUUAUCAAUUAUUAUUUUACAAUUUCAUUUGUAUCAUAGGUUUUAAGGAUAUUUAUAAUGCAACGACUAUUUAUUGCUUGCAAAUGACUAAUAAUCUUGUAAGAGUAGACUUGUUCUAAUUGUUCUACCUUCUUACAAUUUUGCUAAAACACUACAACGGUUUUUGUUUUAGUUAGGUAAAUUAUAUUUCAUUGGAGCCAUAUUUAAAACUGAAUAUUACUUGUACUUUUAACCACUAAUUGUUAAAAUUAGAAGUAAUGCAACAAAAUAAAUCAUCUGCUUUCAAAUCAUUAAUUUAAUCCUUUCAAAAAAGACGCAUAUUUUAAAAAGUUACUUUUAAAUAUGGCCAAAUAUUGGGUUUAAUUCAUUACUCUUCAUAUACAGGAUGGGGAAACUGUCAUUAUUUAUUUACUUAUCAAUUCUUUUAUCUUAAGUAUUAAAUUUAGAUUAAAUUUGCUUAAUUAUA